AUGCAGUCCGAACCGCCGCCCUCAUUCUAUCCGUACCUUUGCCAACGCUACCAAUCUCUUAUCUGGUCAUGUCUCGACGCAGAUCUCACACAGACUGCCGUGUUCCAUGCGGAGCGGUAUUUCGCUAUGGAUCGCUCCAACCACGAAUCAAGACACCUCUACGCCACUUCGCUUUUCCGCGAAGGCCAGACAUACUCCGCUCUGUCCCUCGUUAAUGGCGCGCAAGACGAACAAUGCACCGGAUGUAUGGAAAUCAAGGCGCGCUGCUGCAAGGCACUUGGUCGCCACGGCCAGGCGCGUGACGUGCUCGACCGCAUCCUAUCCGACGCACACUACGUGUCUUCUGCGUCGUCAAGCAGUAGGAUUUCCCGACCAUUUCCUGAAGAAGCGGCACUGCGAUGUCGAUCCGGGGCGGCUGCAUUGAAAGGCAAUCUCACAGAGAAGGCGACGACUAGCUUUCGGGAGGCUCUCAAGCUUAAUCCGUAUCUAAUGGAGGCCUUUGAGGGUUUAUGUGUUCUGGGCCAAGCUCCGGAAAUCGAUGAAAUCUUGCCUCCACGCCCGGCCCCUGUCAAACGAGCACCGCCAGAAGAUAAUCAGUCGAAGCCAACGGUGACAGGAGCUGGAUUCUUUACACCAGAUACUGGAGGAGGCGGAAAUCUCUUUCGCGGGUGGAAACCUGAGAUAGCACAACCUCAACCAUUUCGUAUGGCGCCUCCACCAGGUCCUCGAGACUCUAUUGCCACAAAUGAUUCGUCAUUCUACCCGGCGGAAAAUUCAUUCCUGGUACAUCGGAGCAGUCGUUCCCAACCGGCGAAUCUCAAUCCUGUGCAGGCAGGUUCACGGCCCCUCUCCUCUGCAGACGAAUCAGGCCCAGUAACCAAACGGUUGCGGUCUACAGCAUCACAGCCCGAAGGUCUCAAAUCCAAGCCUAGCAAGACUAGUCUGGACGACCCGUCGAAAAAGCAAACGACUUCAUCUAGGACAAAUGCCGCGCUAGGGAAGAGUAAUACUCUGCCUUCUGUGCCGCCGGCCCCCACACGACGAAGUUCGCGCUUGCAAAGUGGUACUGUAGCAAAGCCCAAGCUUAGAAAUGAACGACGGAAAAUCCCUGCACAUGCUCGCACACGAUCGAUAGAAUCAGAGAAGGAUGAAGAGUCUACUCUCGGUGGAGAGGUCGCCUACUCUACUUCACCACCAUCUGCCGCAUUAUCCCCUCGGUCUGAGGUCUCUCCCUCACCAAGUAAUUGGACAUCGGCUCAAGAGCAGGCUGCUCAAGAUGAGUACGAGGAUGCCCUAGCAGAGCAUUACAUCUACGAGCUAGUCCGUCGUUUCGCUAGGGCGACGAGGGCAUUGGCCUUAUACGAGUGCCAGAAAUGCUUAGACGAGCUUGAACAACUUCCUCAUGCCCACCAACACUCGUGUUCGGUUAUCGCAAUGGUUGCUAGAUGCCAUUACGAGAGGCAAGACUAUCCCUCUGCGAAUCGCGCUUUUAAGACACUCCGGAAGGAAGACCCCUACCGGCUAUGGGACAUGGAAAUUUAUUCUUCCCUCCUAUGGCAACUCCAGCAAAGCGUCGAACUAUCCUUCCUGGCGCAAGAGCUUCUCAACAUCAACCCUCAGUCGCCACAGGCUUGGAUCGCGAUCGGAAACCUCUUCUCCCUGCAGAAGGAGCGCGAACAGGCCUUGACAUGCUUCCGGCGUGCUUUCCAGCUCGAUCCCACUUGCGCAUAUGCGUAUACGCUGAGCGGCCAUGAGUCAAUAGACGAAGACCUAGAUAGAGCAAUCAACUUCUUCCAGUCGGCGUUACGCGCGGAUGCUCGCCAUUACAAUGCAUGGUAUGGCCUGGGAACAUGCUAUCUGAGGAUGAGCAAAGUCCGCCUUGCGGAAUACCAUUUCCGAAGGGCAGCUGCGAUUCACCCAGCGAACGCGGUUCUGCUAGGCUGCGUGGGUAUGACUGUCGAACGACGCGGUGAUCGUGAAGGAGCCCUGGCGCUCUUCAAUCAGGCCGUCCAAAUCUCACCUGAGAAUGCCUUGGUUCGGUAUCGCAGGGCGAAGAUCCUCAUCUCAAUGAGGAAAUACGCUGCAGCGGUACACGACCUGGAGUUUCUGCGGAGUUCCACUCCUGAAGAGUCAAAUGUCGUCUUCCAGCUGGCCAAGCUGUACCGACUCAUGGGUGACAGUAUCAAGUCUGCGCAGACACUGGCGGCUGCGCGGGACAUGUCACCGAAGAGCGUGAACAAGAUCAGGAAGCUGCUGGGCACGACGCGAGACGCGGGCGACGACAUGAUGGACGAGGGGUGA